UAAGCAGUAAGCAGUACGAGGAUGACUUUUCUCAAUUCUCUCAUUUUAUAGUUCAUAACUUCAGCUCAUGUGACAAAUGAAACAAGUAAAUAAAUCUAUACUUAGUAUUAUCAUACACAAUAACUAGCAGAGGAAACAUGGCUCAACAUUUGCUGCUAUGCAUGAUGCUAGCAUUAUUAGUGUUUGCAUUUGAAGCAUCUGGACAAGAAAGAUCUUUAGCCAAGCCUGGAUGUCAGCAAAGAUGUGGAAGCCUUAUAGUAAGUUACCCUUUCGGAAUUGGAGCCAAUUGUUCAGCUGAUACGAAAUUCGAGAUUCGUUGCAACAGCUCAUUCAAUCCGCCAAAAGCCUUCCUUGAAGAUAACAAUCUGGAGGUGCUACAAAUAUCACCAGGAGGCACGAUUCAGGUCAACAAUCCUGUUUUAUCAAAUUGUGGUAAUGGAAGCAAUGUUCAGCAAGUUAUGGCAUCCGGUAGCUUUACAUUCUCAGACACGGAGAAUCGAUUUACUGCACUGGGAUGUGAAACCCUUGGCGUGCUGACACAACAAGGGUUCAAUGUUGGGGGGUGCAUAACAUUUUGUAAUAGCACUACUGCUAUAAAUUCAGACAAGACUUGUUUCGGGUUCUGCUGCCAAACAAGAAUUCCUCCGCUUUUAAAUGCAAUUAAUGCGUCCGUGAGGAGCGUUGAUGCGAUCAAAUAUCAGAACAUAUGCAGGCAAGCGUUUGUUGCAGAUCAAAAUUGGUUCAAGAACUUGACAAAUAUAUUCAGUGUGCGAUCCAGGGAACAAGUUCCUGCUGUGCUGGAUUGGAGACUACCGAAUCGGUCCUGUACAUAUCAGAAAGCUGUAUUUGUCGACGACAAUGGGGAUAAGAUAGAACAGUGCGUUGAAAAAGAAAAUACUUUGUGUACAGAUGAAGGCCUGUGUUCUUGUUCUGAAGGCUACGAUGGGAAUCCUUAUUUGCCAAACGGAUGUCAAGAUGUCGAUGAGUGUGCAGAUCAUUCGCGCAACAACUGUGAGCAAAUCUGUAAUAAUAUGCAAGGAAGCUACUACUGCUCAUGCCGAGAUGGUUGGGUAAGCGUCGGAUAUAACAAAUGCAUCAAGGAAGCCUUUAUCAAGACAGCUCCAGCCAUCAUACUAAUAGCCUGUUGUGCUGGUCUAGGGGGGCUAUUGCUACUGGCUGCUACUUGGUGGUUGUACAAGGUAAUUAUACGAAGGAAAAAGAGUAAACUUAAGGAGAAAUUUUUUAAAAGAAACGGAGGUCUGCUAUUGCAUCAGCAAAUGUCUUCCUAUGAAGGUAAUGUCGAGAAAACCAAAUUGUUUACUUCAAAGGAGCUGGAGAAGGCAACGGACCAUUUUAACGUGGAUCGUAUCCUCGGGCAAGGAGGACAAGGUACUGUCUACAAAGGAAUGUUGACAGACGGAAAAAUAGUAGCUGUUAAAAAGUCCAAGAUAGAAGAUGAAACUAAACUCGAACACUUCAUUAACGAGGUUGUCAUUUUAUCACAAAUCAACCAUAGGAAUGUUGUAAAGCUCCACGGAUGCUGCUUGGAGACCGAGGUCCCGUUACUCGUAUAUGAAUUCAUCCCUAAUGGAACACUUUUCGAGUACAUCCAUGACCGCAAUGAGAAUUUUCCGCUUACUUGGGAUGUCCGCGUACGUGUUGCCACAGAAGUAGCAGGAGCUCUCUCGUAUCUCCACUCUGCUGCAUCGAUUCCAAUAUAUCACCGCGAUAUCAAGUCAUCAAACAUACUUUUGGACGAAAAGCACAGAGCCAAAGUGGCUGAUUUCGGAACUUCAAGAAACAUUUCUAUUGAUCAGACUCACCUGACAACAAGAGUACAGGGCACAUUCGGUUACUUGGACCCUGAAUACUUCCAAACUAGUCAGUUCACUGACAAAAGCGAUGUUUAUAGCUUCGGGGUAGUUCUUGUCGAGCUCUUGACAGGAGAAAGACCAAUCUUGAGACCUAGACUUGACGAUCAAGAACGGAGUUUAGUAGCACAUUUUGUAUUGGCAAUGGAACAGGGUCGCAUUUUCGAUAUUCUUGAUUCACAAAUCUUAAAAGAGGGCAUGAAAGAAUGUUAG